CUGUAUUAGUGCAGGAAAAUGGCAGAAGCCAGAUUUUCUCAGGAUGAGUUCUUGUGUCCGGUGUGUCUGGAUCUCCUGAAGGAUCCAGUGACCAUCCAGUGUGGACACAGUUACUGUAAGAGCUGUAUUACAGACUGCUGGGAUCAGGAGGAUCAGAUGAGAGUCUACAGCUGCCCUCAGUGCAGACAGACCUUCAGUCCAAGACCUAUUUUAGGUAAAAACACCAUCUUGGCUGGAAUGGUGGAGAAACUGAAGAAGACUAAUCUUCAAAGUGUGGUUCCUGCUGGAGCUGGAGAUGUUCAGUGUGACGUCUGUACUGGAAGAAAACACAAAGCUGUCAAGUCCUGUCUGGUGUGUCUGAACUCUUACUGUCAGAAUCACCUCGAACAACAUGAGAGUUUGUUUAAAGGAAAGAGACACAAUCUGACUGAAGCCACUGGACGACUGCAGGAGAUGAUCUGCCAGAAACAUGAGAAGCUCCUUGAGGUUUUCUGUCGCACUGAUCAGAAAUGUAUAUGUGUGCUGUGUAUGGAUGAACAUAAAAACUAUGACACUGUAUCAGCUGCAGCACAGAGGACAGAGAAUGAGAGAGACUUGAAGGAGACGCAGAAGACGUUCCAGCAGAGAAUCCAGCAGAGAGAGAAAGAUCUCCAGCAGCUGAGAGAGGCUGUGGAGUCUCAGAAGCGCUCUGCACAGACAGCAGUGGAGGACAGUGAGAGGAUCUUUACUGAGCUCAUCCGCUCCAUUGAGAGAAGCCGCUCUGAGCUGAUACAGCUGAUCAGAGAUCGGGAAAAGCAAGCAGUGAGUCGAGCUGAAGGACGACUGGAGCGACUGGAGCAGGAGAUCAAUGAUCUGAGGAGGAGAGACGCUGAGCUGGAGCAGCUUUCACACACACAGGAUCACAUCCAGUUCCUGCAGAGUUUCCAGUCUCUCUCAGCUCCUCCUGAAUCUACAGAUGUAAAUGAUGAUCUCUUCAGUUCUCUCGUCUCUUCUGAUGAUCUGAGAGAAUCUGUUCAUCAGCUGAGAGACAAACUGGAGGAUUUCUGCAAAGAGGAGCUCAAGAAGAUCUCAGACAGAGAAACAUUCACCAACAUUGUUCCCAGGACCAGGAACCACUUCCUACAAUAUUCCCAUCAGCUCACUCUGGAUCUGAACACAGCAUAUAAAUACCUCCAUCUGUCUGAGAGAAACAGAGUGGUUACUGACACUGACACAGUCCAGCCGUAUCCUGAUCAUCCAGACAGAUUUGAUGGUUAUGCUCAGGUGUUGUGUAGAGAGAGUGUGUGUGGACGCUGUUACUGGGAGCUGGAGUGGAGUGGAAAUGGUGGUGUGUCUAUAUCAGUGUCAUAUAAGAGCAUCAGCAGGAAGAGAUCGGGUAAAGAGUGUGGGUUUGGAUCUAAUGAUCAGUCCUGGAGUUUGAUCUGCCGUCCCUCCAGAUACUCUUUCUAUCACAGUAACAUAGAGACUGAUCUCUCUGUGAAGCCCAUCAUCAGUAGAAUAGGAGUGUUUGUGGAUCACGGAGCAGGAACUCUGUCCUUCUACAGCGUCUCUGACACAAUGAGCCUCAUCCACACAGUCCAGACCACAUUCACUCAGCCGCUCUAUCCUGGGUUUGGGGUUUUUUAUGGAUCAUUAGUGAAACUGUGUUGAUGAAUCAGAAUAGACUGAGGAGAGAUUCUACCCAUAAUGCUUUGAGCUUCAUGACAAAUCAGUAACAGUGAGAUGUUACAGAAUCUCUUCUUUUCUCCUCAUAAUAUUAUUACUGUAGCCAAACUUCUGUCAGUGAAAUAACAUCAGAAUAAAUGUGUUAAUAAAUCCUCAUA